AUGGCUUCCAAAGAGUACACCGAAGAUGAGCGACGCCAGCUCGAGCAAGAGCUCCAUGUCGAGAUCUUGCCCGGAACUGAGGUCAUGGCCGACAUAGGAAGUCACCAUUUUGUCAAGGGCUCUCACAAAGACGUCCUUGUCCCACAGCCGUCGGACGACCCGAAUGAUCCGCUGAACUGGAGCACCUGGUGGAAGACGGCAUGCAUCACCGCUGCGGCUAUGGCGACCUUCACGCAGGGCUUUGGCCCUCUCGCGCUCUCGCCUAUGUUCCCGGCCCUGAUGGAAGCCUUCAAAUGUGAUCUUGCUAAAGCAAUCCAGUUCACAGGAAUUUGCAUCUUGGUGCUAGGUUUCAGUAACUUCGUUUGGGUUCCCAUCAGCACAUCUUUCGGUCGCCGUCCAGUCUAUUUGCUCAGCCAGCUUAUCAAUUUCGGUACGAGCAUCUGGCGUGCCAAAGCGAACUCCUAUGGCUCCUUUAUGGGCGCUUGCAUCGUCAAUGGUAUUGGCGCGGGUCCUGCAGAAACGAUCAUGCCUGAAGUCAUUGCCGACAUCUUCUUCCUCCACGAUCGUGGCAAGUGGAACACGCUCUACUGGGUCGUAUACAUGGGCUCUCUGAUGGUCGGUCCGAUCGUUUCCGGCUCGAUGACAGAACAGCACGGUUUCCGCAGUUUCUGGUGGCUCAAUACCGGGCUACUCGGUACCUCCUUCCUCAUGAUUGUCUUCAUGUUCCCCGAAACCCGCUUCAAGCGCGAAGACCCGGCUCUUCCAAGCAAACAAAUUCACCCUGACUCACCGAACGAGAAAGGUCACGCAGCCAACAUCGAAAACACCUCGAACACCAGCUCCGAAGACGGUGAAAUCCACCAUACUGCAACCGUAACAUCAACCGUAGCAAACCCCAACAACGGCCUAGCCCUCACCGAGACCGCCGCCCGUGACCCCUACCUCGGUGCCGGCACCCCCGGCCGCUGGCAAUGGCGCGUCUUUCAACCCAACGCACACCCCUUCCGCUCGAUCUUGCUAGACUUAUGGUUACCCUGGAAACUCUUCGCUUUCCCUAUCGUGGAAUUCGCCGCCUUCGUCGUCUCCUGGUCCUGCUCCUCCUUCCUCACCAUCAACCUUACACAGUCACAAGUCCUGUCGGCCCCGCCCUACAAUUUCCGCCCUGAAACCGUCGGCUUCACGAACUUCGCUAUCAUUGUUGGUGCGCUGAUUGGACUUUUCACGUCAGGCCCGUUGAGCGACUGGGUUGCGGCGCGCGCGACGAGAAAGAAUGGCGGUGUUAGAGAGCCGGAGAUGCGACUGCCAGCUAUGAUCCCAUAUGUCGUCAUCAUGGCUAUUGGAAAUAUUGUCGUGGGUGUGGGUUAUGAGCGUGGGUGGCCCUGGGAGGCAGUCGUGAUUAUCGGGUAUACGUGUGCGGGCAUUCAAGUAGCGGCUUUGCCAGGAAUCGUGAGUACGUAUGCGGUGGACAGCUAUAAGCCGGUGGCUGGGAGUCUUUUUGUUGCCAUCACGGUAAACAAGAACCUCUGGGGCUAUGGGCUUGGCAAAUUCAUCACACCGUGGAGCAUCGAGGUUGGAUUCAUUCCUGUUGUCAUGACGAAUAUGGCGCUCAUUCUGUUGUGGUGUUCGUUCGGUAUUCUUUUCUUUUUCUACGGCAAGACGUUCAGGAGGUGGACCAAGAACAGCAGUGUGCACAGUUUGUAG